AUGUCCCUUCUCGAGGCUGAGAAGAGCAUUGUUGCUGUUGCUGCCUCUUGCGGCACUUACCGCUCUCCCUUCUUUGAGGGGUGUGCUCCCUUCCCUCUCCUCCCCUCUGUUGCUUAUACUGAUGCUGUCGACCUCCUUGGUGCUGCGGAAGUUGGCGCUGCGUCUGCUCCUAGUGGGAGGCACAACAACAGCAAGGGCAAAUGGGGCAAGGGUGGCAGGGGCAGCACCAGCAAUGGAGGUGUCAGGGGUGGUGGUGGCGGGGGUGGAGGCGGUGGUGGUGGCGGGGGUGGAGGCAGUGAUGGUGGCUCUGGGGGUGGAGACAAUAGAGACGGACGGGGUGGUGGAGGCGGCGGGGGUGGUGAUGGCGGCUGGGGUGGUGGAGGCAGCGGGAUGGUGUUGGAGGUCGGGGUGGAGCUGGCAAGGGGGGAGGCCGUGGCGCUUCCACACGUGGCGGUGGAGGCAUUGGGAGUGGACAGCAGCUGCCACGCCUCCCGGACAACCCCACCCCUCAGCAGCUUCGUAAGGAAACCGAAGGGUCAGACCUGCGGGAAGGCGCACACUGAGUAUCGUUGCUUCGGCCGUCUUGAGGAUGCCUGGGUGGAUGGAUACGGGGAUGAGCUGCCAGCCCCCAACUGGCUGAAACUGUAG